AUGGGAGGUUGGAUGCAGAUGAUCCUGUUCUUGGUCUGUAUCUCCUCUAUUGUCUGCGAGGGGUCAGUUCUGGACUUCACGACAGCUACGCGCAUCAACAACGUAGUGCAGGAUCCAGCAACCGGCCGAGUUUAUCUAGGUGCCGUCAACGCCAUUUAUCAGCUUGAUGCCUCUCUCCAGCUGGAGGCCAAAGCUGAGACGGGACCGAAGAAAGAUGCUCGCAGCUGCACACCACCUGUGUCCACAUGCACGUCCGCAGACCUUAAGGAUACAAACAAUUUUAACAAACUUCUGUUGGUGAACUCUGUUAAUGGUUCUCUGAUUGCAUGUGGAAGUGUGUACAGGGGUCUCUGCUCCCUGCUCAACCUGAGCAAUGUGAACCAGCAGAUCUACUAUAGUGACAGUAAAGGGGAAAGGACGUACGCUGCCAGCAUCGAGGAAAGCGUUUCGGUUGUGGGCGUCAUGGCAACAUUCCAAUUCAAAGACGAACCCGGGAAAAAGCCAUUCAAUGUCUUUCUGGUUGGGAAGGGCUACGGUAGCCAGGAGGACCACCCUAAGCUGAUCACUACACGCAUCUUGGAGAACUAUAAGGAAUGGGUUGUGUUCGAGAGCAUCGUGGAGGCGUCGGCUGUGCAGGCCAUCCCUUUUGCCCCGAAAUAUCAGCACCAGUUUCGCUUUGCUUUUAAAGACCAAGGCUAUGUGUAUUUUCUUUUCUCUCGCACACAGGGCGGGACGGAUAACAAAAACUUUACAUUUGUGUCCCGCCUGUGCGAGAAGGACGAAGGCUAUUACUCCUACACAGAGCUGCAGCUAAACUGUAGUGCAAAUGGUGUCCACUACAAUAAAGUUCAGGCUGCUUAUGUGACCAGGCCAGGAGAGGAGCUGGCUCAUGUGAUGAAUUCUGGUUUGUUUGGAACGGUUACAGUCUGGGAUAAAAUGCUGUUUAUAGUAGCCACUCCAGAUGGUGAGAAUGCCACAGAUUCAGCUCUUUGCAUGUAUCCAUUGAAGCGCAUUAAUGAGAAGGUGGAAGACAUUCUUAGCGCCUGCUACACUGACUAUGGGAAGAUUGGAGGAAGACCAGCUGUGUACAGCCCCUAUUUAUCAACUGCAGGCAAUCCGUGUGCCCAUCGACACAGUAAGGAAAUAGUGGACCAGAACCGGUGUGGAGCAGAGUUCCUGCGCUCUCCCUUGGCCAGCAAACCAGAGUUCGCCCUGCAGGCCGAGGCUUUCUUUACCGUAAAGGCUCGGGGUUAUCUGACUGCAGUGGCCAUCGCUGUGGAGAAUGACCACACGAUAGCCUUCCUGGGAAACUCAGUAGGAGAGGUACUAAAGGUUUAUUUGUCAAGCACAGCAGAGGUGUACAACAGGGUUCCUGGGGACAACAUGGGCGAGCGUGUGAAUAAGAAUUUAUUCUUCGACAACACCCAGAGUCACAUAUACAUCACUACAGAGAAAAAGAUCACCAAGGUGCCAGUGCAGUUGUGCCACCAGAAAUUAGACUGCAAAGCCUGCAUGAGCAGCAAAGACCCAUACUGUGGCUGGUGUGUCCUGGAGGGCAGGUGUACCAGGAGGUCGGAGUGUAGUCGAGCUGAAGAGAAAAAUGGCUGGCUGUGGAGCCGUAGACAACAGUGUGUAACAAUAGUCUCCUUCCAUCCUCCCAACCUGAGCUGCAAGAAACCUCAGCAGGUUGAGAUCAACGUCCCAUCCCUUCCCAGCAUCAAAGACUUUGACAGGAUUCACUGCACAGUCGGGAUCUCCAGUAGUAAAGCUAAGAUAGUCGACUCCAUGGUUAAAUGUGAUCUGCCUCUACAAUUUCGACUGCCUCCUACACCCCCACACCAAGACUCUGUGGCAGUGCCGUUGAGGAUCUUCGUGAAUGACAGUGUGGAGGUGGCCUCACGCGACUACGAGUUCUAUGACUGCGCGGCGGCAGUGCGCAAGGCCGAAAACACUCCGUGUAUAGCAUGUGUGAGCAGACCGUGGGCCUGUCAGUGGAAUACUUUAGACCACACAUGCUCAGAUAUGAACGAUGCUGAAACAAGACCUAACAUUAUCAAACACAGACUGACAAAGAAAUGUCCCAGAUUCGAGAACCCGGACCCGGUCCUCAUUCCAGUGGGAUAUAAAACUCGCAUCAGUUUUGAGGGAGUCAAUCUAGAUCCUUACAAAGGUCGAGAGUUCAUCAUCAGUACGGAGCUAAUGAAACAUGCUGAAGAUGAUGUAAAAACAGAACCAGAUGGCUUUUUCUCUUUUAGUGGAUACACGUUUUCCUAUGAUAAAGCCCAGGAGACCAGCAUCCAGUUCUAUAUCAAAGACAAAUACACGGAGAAGAAGAUUGACAGCACGUUGAAUGUAACUCUGUAUAACUGCUCAUUGGACCGGGAGGACUGCAGUCUGUGUAAGAACACAGAUCCUAAGUACCACUGUAUGUGGUGCAAGCAGUCUCGGUCUUGUGUCUUUAAAAAACUAUGCCCUGUUGAGGAAGAGCCGAAGUGCCCGGACCCAGCCAUCUCAGCUAUUGUACCACGCUUUGGUCCUCUAAAAGGAGGGAUCUCAGUUACAAUCAAAGGCUCAAACCUGGGUAUAAAGAAAGAGGAUAUUGAGAGCAUAACUGUAGCAGGAGUUCCUUGCAUUCACCAGGAGGACCAAUACUCAGUUUCUACCAGCGUGGUAUGUGAGAUUGGGCGAGCGGGGCACCGCGGCACACAUGAAGGACUGGUGGAGGUGGGGGUCAAAGGAGGGAGGAAAAGCAAGUCUUCUGUCCUCUUUACCUACCGGGACCCAAACCCUCAGACGGUGCAUCCCAAGCGUGGUCCCAGAGCAGGAGGGACCAUCAUUACCAUCUCUGGCACUAAUCUGAAAACAGCCUCUAAGGAAGAUAUUGAGAUCACUGUGGGUGGAGUGGCAUGCCCAGUUGAGGAGUUCGGGAAUUAUAUCACUUGUAAGGUGGGGCAAUAUCGGAGUGAAAAAGUGCCCUCUGACUCCCUGUCUGUCACCGUGCAUUAUGGAAAACAUACAAGCAUCCAGGUGCCCGCCUACUUCCAGUUCUUCAACAACCCUGAUGUUUCCAGCCACCAGCCCAGAAGCAGUUUUGACUGUGGUGGAAGAAAGAUUGCAGUGAUGGGCUCUGGUUUUGACCUCAUCCAAAAAGCCUCUAUCAAAGUACAAGCUUCAGUGGAUGAGUGGUCUGGGCCACAGAUUCAUAUGGAGUUUAUUCAGGAAGCUUACAGUAAGAACAACACCAUGCUGCAGUUCCUCUCACCCAGAGUGAACAGAUCGUACGAGAGCCAGUCGUUCAGUACCUUUAUACAGCUGGACAAUUUCAUAGAGGAGCUGAAACCGUUUGAUUACCAUCCUGACCCAACUUUCAACAGACUUCCUAAUAAAGUCAUCCCAGAGAAGAGCAUGAUCAUCGUCACGGGUCGUGGAUUCUCCAAGGCUAUGACGGCAAAGGAGGCAGAAGCAUAUGUGGGCGAUGUGUCCUGUAAUGUGAACACCCUGCAGGAUGACAAGUUGUUCCUGGAUCCACCCAGCACUACACCAAAAUCUCACUCCAAGAGACAAAAAAGGGACACCACAUCAGAACCGUUAGAGCUUCUGAUUAAAUUUGGAAAUGGCGAAUGGGUGGUUGACUCUGUGCAUUACGAGAGGAAGUACGAGGUCAAAUUGGAUACAAUAAUUAUCCCUGCAGUUAUCGUUCCCAUGCUACUCAUCAUAGCCAUCUCUAUUGUCUGCUACAGGAGGAAAAGCCAGCAGGCAGAGCGAGAGUACGAGAAGGUGAAGCAUCAGUUAGAGAAUCUAGAAGAGAGUGUACGUGAUCGCUGCAAGAAGGAAUUUACAGACUUGAUGAUGGAGAUGGAGGAUCAUACAAAUGACAUCAGCGAAGGCCGUAUCCCAUUCCUGGAUUAUAAGACCUACACAGAUCGCGUAUUCUUCCUGCCUUCGAAAGAUGGAGCCAAUGAUGUCAUGAUCACCGGCAAGUUGGACAUCCCAGAGUCACGCAGGGCCAUAGUGGCUCAGGCUCUCAACCAGUUCUCCAACCUGCUGAACAGCAAGACUUUCCUUAUCACUUUUAUCCGGACUCUAGAAGCUCGUUCGGACUUCAACGCGAGGGCUAAAGUGUACUUCGCAUCUCUGCUGACCGUGGCACUGCAUGGAAAGCUGGAGUACUACACAGACAUCAUGAGGACACUUCUGCUGGGCCUUAUGGAGGAGUAUGUACAGAGUAAAAACCCCAAACUGAUGCUACGCAGGUCAGAGACAGUGGUGGAGAGGAUGCUGUGUAACUGGAUGUCUAUCUGUCUCUAUCAGUUCUUAAAGGACUCAGCAGGAGAACCGCUGUAUAAACUCUUCCGAGCCAUAAAGCAUCAGAUAGAGAAAGGUCCCGUUGAUGCGCAGGUAAAGAAGGCCAAGUACACACUUAAUGACACAGGCCUGCUGGGGGAUGAUGUGGAGUACUCCAUGCUGACUCUACAGGUGCUGGUGCAGGGUGAGGGUUCUGAUAUUACACCAGUGAAGGUGCUGGACUGUGACACCAUCUCACAGGUGAAAGAGAAGAUCAUCGAACAGGUGUACAAAAACCUGCCCUACUCUCAGAGACCCAAAGUGGAAAGUGUCAGUCUGGAGUGGCGCCCUGGGUCCACUGGGCAUGUCCUGUCUGAUCUUGAUUUGACCUCCCAGAACGAGGGCAGAUGGAGACGUCUCAACACACUAGCACACUACAAUGUUCAAGACAGUGCCAUGGUGAUCCUUUCCAGAGUUUUUCACACACACCAGUCAUAUCAUCAAAACCAUAAAAACCAUGACAACCAUGAAAGAAAUGCCUUGCUGGAGGAUGAUAAAGUGUUCCAUCUUGUCCGGCCAGCAGACGAGCUGGACGAGGUGAAAUCGAAGAGAGGCAGUAUAAAGGAUAAGUCCAUGACUAAAGCCAUCACGGAGAUCUAUCUCACUCGCCUGCUUUCAGUCAAGGGGACGCUGCAGCAGUUCGUGGAUGACUUCUUCCGCAGUGUUCUCUGUUCAGGAACCGAGGUGCCGCCUGCUGUUAAAUACUUUUUCGACUUUCUGGAUGAGCAGGCCUUAAAACACGAAAAUGUGGAUGAAGAGACGUUACACAUCUGGAAGACCAACAGUCUUCCUCUAAGGUUCUGGGUAAACAUUUUGAAGAACCCUCAUUUCAUCUUUGAUGUUCAUGUAACAGAAGUGGUUGACGCCUCGUUGUCGGUCAUUGCACAGACCUUCAUGGAUGCCUGCACUAAAUCUGAGCACAAACUCAGCAGGGAUUCCCCCAGCAACAAGCUUCUCUAUGCAAAGGAGAUCUCCACAUACAAGAAAAUGGUGGAUGAUUACUACAAAGGAAUCCGGGUAAUGGUACCAGUGAGCGACCAAGACAUGAACACUCACUUAGCUGAAGUGUCACGGGCCCAUACCGACAAAUUGAAUAUCCAAGUUGCCCUCCAUCAGUUGUACCGGUAUGCCAGCAAAUACUAUAAAGAGAUUGUCCUGGCUUUGGAUGAAGACCCUACAGCUCAGAGUAAGCAGCUGACACUGCGACUCCAGCAAAUAGCUGCUGCACUCGAGAACAAAGUGACAGAUCUCUAACUCUUCGAAACAAAGAUAGACGCAGUGUGAGAGUGAGAACGAGGCAUUAAACUGCCAAUGGCCAUGUCGGGCUAAAAUCUUCUAGGCAAAACGGAACGUUUGUUGCGAAAAAAUUUGGUGUAAUUAGCAUAUAAGUAUAAACAGAUGUUCAAUUUCCUCCUGUGUAGAGAAAUAAAUAAGGUUUUAUGAA